AUGAAUAAUACUACAGAAAACGUCAUCGCCCUUUGCCAGGGACAGGGCACAGGACCCUGGGAAUUUUCUUUAUUAUUCUACGUCCAGUCGGUCGCAGGAAUACCACUGAUAACACUAGGCUUAAUAGGGAACGCCAUCUCUUUCCUGGUGCUCUGCAAGGAUACGCCAAAGAGUACAACUUCGUACACUCUCCAGGCUUUAGCGAUCGCGGACUCCCUGUAUUUGCUGUGUCAUUUCUUCUUCCUAAGUCUCUUUGGGAUAGUCAUGUAUGCCGGAGUUAUUCCACAUUAUAAAGAUAUAUACGCCCAUUUGAUGCUUGCAGUGAAGCCGCUGAUGUAUAUAUCACAACAGGCAAGUAUUUGGCUGAUAGUGCUGGUGACGGCAGACCGCUACAUGAUGGUGUGUCGGCCUUGGAAGGCAGGGUCUCGUCGUAUCAACGGUUUGGGGAAAGCCAAAAGGAACGUGCUUAUUGUUCUUAUCGCCACAGUCCUUUACAACGUACCCCGUUUUUUUGAAAUGGAACUCGGCGUCUGUUUUGACAUACAUCUCGAGCACUUGGUACCCUUGGCCAAAGCACGAGAUUGGGCAUCGUCUGAGGUAUACCAAUACUUGUACGUCAUGAUACUAAACGCAUUGGUCAUGUUUUUCAUUCCCAUGGCCAUUCUGACUUUUGUGAACUCGAGUCUUAUCAUUGCCAUACGGAACAGAAACCGGCGCCAUGUCUCGCUCACGGGGAGAAUUCAACAGAACAACGGUAUGACGUCAAUGCUGGUGGGCGUGGUCCUAGUGUUCGUGUGUUGCCAGACGUGUGAUUUUAUAUUACAGAUACUAUAUUACGUGGAUCAACCAAGUGUCAUGACAUCGCAAUGGUUUCCCGUCUAUUACCAACUCAGUGCAUUAUUACUGGUAAUAAACGCUUCUACUAAUUUUAUCAUCUACUGCCUCUGUAGCAGGAAGUUUCGUCAGCUCCUUCUUGACAAUACCAUAUUUGGCGCCUGUCGAAAUGGCAGUAGUAACGAGGUUGAUACUUAA